CAAACUACGCAACUGUCAUUACUACCGCGUAGCGCUACGCGCCCUACUUGCUACAAGUCUGCCUGGCCACGGCAAGCAACAAUGAACAACCAUCGGCGAUGACUGAGAGCACUCUUCGAGAGGCCAAUUUCCCUCAAGUGAAGCCACCGACCCUCCGAACUGCAACCCCAUCUGCGCCGGAAGGACAAGGAGGAAACCUGCAAAAUAAACCCCGUGCGACGGGUGCAACACGCCCGCCUGAAACACAAAAGCCCUCCCCUGACACUACUUCCGAUAAGGCGACAGCUGCCUUCAUUCGACGUACUCUCUGCGCUCACAAUGUGCUCCUUGGAAAUGGAGAGAAAGGACGGAAUACCCCGCGCCCGAUUGACGAAGUACUACCGCCGUUGACAAGCUCCAACGAGGUUGACCUCCAACUGUACGCCAUCAUCGCAGUAAUUAUCAAAGAAUUCGUGCAAACGUGGUACUCUAAGAUCACGCCCGACCACGUAUUUGUGAAUGAAGUGAUUCAGAUCAUCGCACACUGCACUCGGGCCUUAGAACAGCGACUACGUAAGGUGGAUUUGGAAGCGGUUAUUCUGGACGAGAUCCCUGGGCUUAUUGAAGCUCAUGUGAGCGCGUUCCGCCUCGCACAACAACAGGCCCAAUAUCACCAUUCAUUAGUUUCAGACCCUCGUACUGUCUACCAUACGCUCCACCCACACCCUGCACUCUCUCCUGUUCCCUCCGAAUACGUACCAUCAAGUGUGGUCGAGCAGCGGGAAAAUGAAUCCGUAUGGCGCCAACUGCUAGUCCAGGGCGUGUUAGCUGUGCUGCUACCCACCGAGGAUCUUGAGAAUGGAUGCCUGCGGGCGCUGGUGGCGGAAAUUUUCGCCGAGAUGAUACUUGGGAACGGCAUCAGCGACAAGGCUUGCGAAGGAUGGUUGUUGUGGGAAGCCAUUACGAGGAUCGCCGAAGUCCUACAGGACGCGUCUAAAGGCGCAGACUCCCUAUCGAAAGAUGCCCGGCGAGCGCCGGAGCAAACCCUGAGUCGUCUCGAGCGCUACGGAUUGCUGGCUCCAUCAUCCUUGGGCGGAUCGACUGAGCCUGGAAAGCCACUGUUACCCAACAAGCGACGUCAUGGGGGAGGGCCGUGGUCCACCAUGUUUUGGGUCGUGGUCCAAUAUGCAUUUUUGGCGUGUAAUGCGAUGCGCGCGGUGAUCAUAGGAUUUGCGACAUCUUCGUCUUCCCCUCCGAGAUCUGGCACAGCAGCUAGCGGGCAGUCACCCGUUGAGGCAAGCCGCCAAUCGCAUUUGCCGCACAUGGAGCAUCCGACUUCGAGGCGCCCCCUGGCGUUGAAACGGCCUAUCGUAAGCAUGAAGUUGUGGAGCUGCACGUCGCGACUUAUUGGGCUUGAGUUGCGCAUGCCUUGGCUCUCAGGCUGCCUCUCACUGCUGCACUGGGGAGUACUGGCUGGGCCUGGCAGGGUGGGUGACACUGACCAUGUAUUGGACAGGUUUCUAUCUCACACCAUGCGAAUGCAUGUCCUGAACCCCGCCUUCGUUCCCAUCCUUCUCCGCACUGUCCGCGCGACCCUCUUCCCAAACAACACUCUCGGGCCCCCACGCAAGACGCCCAACGUUGAAGAGGCUAGGCUCAUUAAGCGCCGUUGUGCAGCCACGUUAUUGGGCUUGCUUCCCGGUAGUGUGGCAGCUAUUUUCUUCGCGAGCGAGAAUAGCGCGCUGCAAAUGGUGCAGAUGGAGGAGUUGCUCGAAUGUCUCGACGAUGCUUAUCUCAACAAACACCUGAUCUUCCAAAUUGUAGAGUUGAUUGUGGUAAGGUUGGUGCCGGAGCUGGGGGAGAGAGGGGUAAGGGAACUGCUCGAGGAGCGGCUGG